AUGUCGUUGUUCAUGUAGACCAGCCCGGCUUGAAGAUGUGCCAGUAAUCAUCACACCGACGGGCCAUUUUAUCGGUUUUGGAUGUCUGUUAGGCCUAGUUUUACUAUAAAUAUAAAUCCUGUGAAACUUUAACCCACAGAAAACAAACAAAAAAUAAAACCGACAAGCUUCAUUCAAUAACAGAAUCUAUCAGAUCUCUGAAAUCAUGAUUCCUUACGUUACCUGCGUUUGUACAAAGACGACACGGAAUCCUCAAAAGUGGCUUACAAGAACCGCCUUAAGUCAGACCCUGGUAGAAACGGAACUGGCAAAAGAUGGAAAAUACUGUGUUCGUUUUAACGAAGCAGAAGACUCAAGGGAAGAACUUAAGAAAUUUCUUGCUGAAGACAUUAGCCUUUUGCAAUCCUUGAAUAUAAACGAAGAAAAGUUAUCCUUAGCAGGAAAACAGUUCCGCACACUCCAUAGAUAUCGCACUCGUUAUCCAGUAACAAAACCCGAAGUUUCACGAAUAGCUUUUCUACACGACACCAAUGAUGGCAUUACUCAGUACUUACUGAGUUCUUGUUGGAAGUGGAAUUUUAACGCAUUUUCCCUUGAUGUGGCCACCGGAGGGCGCUCAGUGUCUGUUUUGUUACUUCACCUCUUUCAUAAUUACGGUUUCAUUAAGAAGUUUCGUCUAGAUGCAUUGAAAAUCGUUCACUGUUUUUCUCUAGUGGAGAGUGGUUACCAUAGCAACAACCCAUAUCAUAACGCUGUUCAUGCUGCUGACGUUACUCAAGCCUUGCAUUGUUUUCUCCAGGAGGAAACUAUUUCAAGGCAUGUGACUCCCGUGGAAAUUAUGGCCUCUCUCAUUGCCGCAGUUUGUCAUGACCUUGAUCAUCCAGGUUUUACUCAACCUUUCUUAAUCGCUACUUCCAACCAUCUAGCUGUGUUGUAUGAGAAUUUCUCUGUUCUGGAAACCCACCACUGGAGGAUGGCUAUUUCAUGCUUGAGAGAGUCAAGAUUGUUGGAUCACUUAGAGAGAGAUGUCUGUGUGGAGACAGAAUGGUGGGUACGGUCUAUGAUUUUAGCGACAGAUAUAUCACGUCAACAAGAUUUUCUUCUGAAACUCAAGAAAUACAUGGAGGAAACUUCGUUAGACCUUUCCAAGAAAGAUAAACGACAUUUUAUUCUUCAGGUUGCUUUGAAGUGUGCUGAUUUGUGUAAUCCCUGCCGGCCAUGGUCCAUCAGUAAACAGUGGAGUUACCAAGUUUGUGAAGAAUUAUAUAGACAAGGAGAAGUUGAGACGGAGCUGUGUCUUCCAAUAACUCGGGUAUGUGAUCGUACAAGAACCUCCGUUGCUAGGAUACAGAGCGAUUUUCUACGUUUCGUUGUGGCACCACUAUUCGAGAUGUGGCACCAGUAUUUGAAGAGCUCUUUGUCUCAGAAGCUGAUGUGGCACCUGCUCCAUAACCAAGCCCACUGGGAUGAACUACUACAGCAGGAACUUGUGGAGCUGGACGACACGAGUUCGGUGUUGGGGAUAGCUGCAAUGGCUAGUGAGGAGUUUGCACCCUUGGCCUCUGAGGAAGAAGACAGUCUUGAGGACUGUGCUAGUCUUUACUGUGAAAGUAUUCUAGUAGUCAACUCCUUCAGCUCGUCAACGCAUCGUAGAUAUAGUCUGCCGAUGAAAAAGGUUCCUUCAUUGAAAAAGACUGCAAUUCGCAGACAGAGUUUCCCGUUAUCUCUGGUCUCCCACACGAAAAACCUACCGAGUGGUUGGAUUCCUUUUCAUUUAAAAAACAUUUUUAGUUGCUCAUCAAAUGUUACCGCCUCUGGGCUUUUGGAAUCUAAGACAAGUAUUAUUUCUUUAUCUAGUGAGUUUAAUUCUUUAGAUUCGCGAAAGCUAGAAAGUGAAGCAAGCAGUAGUCAAAUAUCUGCUUUACCGCGAGAGAGACUUUUUUCUACUCUUUGUGGAAACCCAUCAUUUGUGACCACUAAAAAAGGUGGAAAAUCUCAUGAAAGAAGUAUUAAAAAACUAGCUCUGGUAGAAACAUCAGAUGUUUUAAAUGAAAAACUAACUUAUACCAGCAAUAGUUCAGAACCAGAUUGUGAUACUGAUUGUUGCUCAUGUUUUCUGUGCCAAGUUCAAAGCAAUAAGUUUCCAGAAGAUGAAAUUUUAAGACAGGCAACACCACAUUCAUUUCAAGGUGAUAACGUUUCUUCUUCUAGAACAUUAUUUCCCCAAGGUUCAUCUGUGAACUAUAAUUCUACGAAAUAUAACGAAAUGAUUUCAAUUAAUGUAGAUUGUACUAAAAUUCGAAAAAACGAAUAUUUUGGUUAUAAACUCGGCACUUAUCCAGAAGAUCUGUCUUUAGAUCCUCAACGUACGAACUCAGCGGCGCACAUACCUCGUGAUGAUAUUUCAUUCGUAAGUUCAAAAGGUGUAGAUAUUAUAAAUAAACAACAGAUAUUUCGUCCGUACUUCGUGACUUUGGAUAGCUCAGGAGACGAGAGUAUGGAAAACAACGAUAACACAAAUAUUUUCCUAGAGCCUGUAAGAUAUCCAAAAGAACCUAAUUCCAUGACGUGUAAACAACAAGUUAGUCAACGACGUGGUUCAGCACCAGAUGUCGUUCCUUACUCUCAGCCAAUUGGGUUCAACAACGAAGGGUUUAUAAUAAAAGAUGGUCACGAAAUUUCUUUUGACCCAAAGUGCAAAAAGGACUUUGUUGAUGCUGGUGAACGUCUUGGAAGUAUUGGUGGAUGUCCUGGAAAUACUUUUGGAAAUCAUGCAACUUCUGUUGGAGGUCAACUACCAGACUGUAAACACUCAUCUUAUGAAGGAGUUUUUAAAGAUUGUGUAACGAGCAGCAAUCGAACUAAAUUCCUUCAGCGCCGUCACAGUUUUGCUAUACUUGAAACCAUCCCUUCGCCACAAAGUGGUACAGCAUCCAGUGACGCUAAGCUCACCAGUGACUCAAAACACAUCCCAGACUGUUAUAUAACAAGAAAACAUGACAAUAUUCUAGGGACGUUCUUACAAUAUUCGCCUGAAGGUGCCCACAAUGACAGUGGUGAUAACGUCAGUCACUUUUUGCCAUUUGGCCGAAGAGGAUCUUUACCGGGCGAUAUAGGCUUGGCCUGGACAUGUCGUAUCCAGCCUCUAAAGUCAUCCCCAAGACUUCGUCGAGCUUUUGGUGGUGACAUAAAAGCAAAAGAGUUUGUUUCACGAGACCAAGUCAGCGAAGGCCGUAGGAGAGGUUCAACUGGAGACAUCAUAGUAAAUGUAGUAGGUUCUAUGCUCGAUGUUGUUUCAGGCCAGUGCUUUCCUACAGUUAAUAAUGGCAAGAGGAACAUUUCUUUCUUUAAAACAGAACCAUCAAAAGUAUCCAGUAGCCCGAGAUUCUCAAACAUUAAAAAACCAGAGAUAAAAUACUGUUCUUCAUUAUCUGCCAACCAAACAGAAAUUUCUCCAAGUCAGUCAAAGACAAGGAAGCUUCUUCGGAGACAGGCCUGUUCUUUUGACUCGUGGUUCCUUCCUGAUAUAACGUUGAAAUGUUUUUCGUCGUGUCCACAGACAGCCUCCGAAAACCCUGAACCAACUAUCAUUCCCAAAGCUUUUGAAUUUCAGAGGAGGCGAGGUUCCCUACCCUAUAACAUGCCCUAUUUUUACAACAUAGCAGGUGUUCCAUCCAGCUAUGCCAUGAAGUAUUAGAUCCUUGACCUAAAUGAUGUUAACCAACGAAAAAAAACUAAACAACUAGUGAUAUGUUUUAUGGUUGGCUACUUUUUUGUGUAUAGCGUUCAGCUCCCGCCCCCUAACUA